ACUCGAGGAAGAAGCAGUAACACAAAAGGUAGUGACGGUGGGUGUGUCCAUUUCGCAGACUCUCAUCUGUCCAUCAUCGGCUUUGGAGCUCGGAAAUCUGAAAUUUCGUUGAUUUCGGCUCUACUCUGCAUCGUGCAAUGCCCUGAAGAGUUAGCUGGACCUUUCAGGUCGUCAUGCGGUCAAUUUGCAACUGCAGAAGACUCGUUUUCGUGCUCUCUGGUCUAUAUUUACUCUGCAUUUUGAUCGCAACCCGGAAACUUUAUCAGCUUUCGAUAACAAACCACAACAACGCUGCUCAUGUGACCCAUCGAAGCGGCCCUCAUCUAGUCGAAAUUUGGAGCAAAGCUUCGAUCGGGGACUACCUAUGGAGCCACAUUUUGAAUGGACCUCUGCUGGCGCCGAAUGGGCCCUUGCUGAACACGGCCAACCUUGUUUAUAAAGACAUCCACUUCUCUUUCAAAUCUGGUCCAGGACUGGUGCCAGCUACAGCGCCUAAAAAUGUGACUCACCUGGUCAUCGUCUUGAACGGCAGAUCAGAAAAUAAGAUCGAACAAGCAAGAGUGUGGCUUGAUUCUAUGCCAGCUUUUGAAGAUCUGCGCACCCUGGCAGUUAUUCUGCUUGGCGACGAAAAGUGUAACAACGAAUGGAUCCUGCUCUACUUGAAAAAGAAUGGCGGAUCAAUCGAUUUUGUAUUUGUCACCUAUGACUCUCUCUUGGUUGACGGAGAGAGCUUUUACCAAUGGCCUUUAGGAGUAUCUGUCUACCGCGGCUUUCCAAACGUGAACCCAGCGAGCUUGGAUUUGACAUAUCCACGAGAGUACACAUGCAACUUUCUCGGCACGAUUUAUCCUAAUUCCUCCCGCGAGAGGCUGAGCAAAUUCAUCAAGGGCUCAAGCAGACUGCAAAAAGAAUGCUUUAUUGCAGGAAGAGAAAAGUGGCAACCUUUGGAAAACGAGCAGUCUCGGCAGCUAUACCUGGACACGAUUCUCCAGUCCGACCUGACGCUCAGCCCUGUGGGCCAAAACACUGAGUGCUAUCGCAUUUAUGAAGCACUGUCGCUUGGUAGUAUUCCUGUGGUAGAGGAUAUAAUGACGCCUGGAGCAUGUGAUGCCUCCAGCGAAGCCUCUCCACUUAGAUUGCUCAAGAAAAUGAAUGCUCCAAUGCUCUAUCUUAAGGAUUGGAGUCAGCUAGAGGAGGUGUUGGAAAGUGAAACUUUGCUUAGCAAGGAGGAGAAAAUCAGCCGGAGGAAAAGUGCCGUGCGAUGGUAUGAAGAGUUUAAACACUCCAUCAAAAAGAUCUUUGUGAAUGUGCUACGAGAGCGGUGGUUUGAUUUGAAGGCAGACUAAUUUUGAUGAAUCAUUAGACUGAUAAUUUUGCAUUUUAAAAAUGUAGAUCUGAAAUUCUAUUUGGAUCUAGAUAAUGCUCAGCUCAUGUAUUACUUGCUAUCAUUUAUGUUCGAUCAAACACACUAUUUGUAUAUAAUUCAAAUCCAAGAAUUUGAUCUCGUAGAGUUAGGCCUGCAGUCAUUUUUUACUUAAAUCUACUCAAGCUAUGUAGCAAAAAAUAAUAAAAAUGCUUCAAACUAACUAGAGAA